CUACUGAAGGAAUUUUUUUUUUAUCAAAAAUUCUAUCAGUAUUAUCAAGCAGUGUUCGUUGAGUGCUAUUAGCUAAUGCAGCCUUAUAGUCACAGAACUAACAAUUUCCAAUACAUGUUGUGACAGCAGGAAAACGUUAUAUUUUGCAACUACAAAAAAUAAGAAAAUGCCACAGUUUUAAGCAAAAGGUGUUUUGCAAAAGGUGUUUUGUUUUUAAAUUAACAAUUCCAAAGGUCUAUUAAUAUUCAAUUGUUAUCAGCAAAAAAUUCCCCUCUCUUAAUUCUCACUAUUUGUUCUUGGUUACUAUUUUGUUAACUGCAUAGAAACUAUUCUAGCAUUUAAGUGAUAUGCAGAUAUAUGCAAAACAAAUGAUUUAAUUUUAUGCCGCUCUCACAAUACAGUGGUACCUCGGUUUAAGUACACAAUUGGUUCCGGAAGUCUGUACUUAACCUGAAGCGAACUUUCCCAUUGAAAAUAAUGGAAAGUGGGUUAAUCCGUUCCAGAUGGUCCGUGGAGUACUUAAACUGAAGCGUACUUAACCUGAAGCGAACUUUUCCAUUGGAAGUAAUGGAAAGUGCAUUAAUCCGUUCCAGAUGGGUCCGCGGAGUACUUAAACUGAAAGUACUCAAACCGAAGCGUACUUAAACCGAGGUAUGACUGUAGAUGAAUCAUUAAGACUUCAAGUAGGAUGGCUGCCACAGAAAAUGGGUAUUAUUGUCACUAUGUCACAGCUACUUCUGUGCUGUUGCUGCUGUUGUACGGGAUAGUUUUAUAUGAAAGAUGCAACAAACAGUAGUGGAGCACAAAAUUAUGAAGCAUGGUAAAUAUCUUAGUGUUGUGAAAUCUCUUCAACAUGCUUCAUGGGAAGCUAUUAAUACAUGAUAUGUCUAUACAGUGGUACCUCUGAUUACGAGCCUAAUUCGUUCUGUAGGUCCAUUCUUAACUGUUCUUAACCUAAGGUACCACUUUAGCUAAUGGGGCCUCCCACUGCCGCCGCCAAGUCGCUACCAUGGGAUUUCUGUUCUCAUCCUGGGGCAAAGUUCUUAACCUGAGGUACUACUUCCAGGUUAGCAGAGUCUGUAACCAGAAGUGUUUGUAACCUGAGGUGUACGCAACCCGAGGUACCACUGUAUAGCUUUCUUGAAAAAGUACUGUACAGUAUAGGAAAGAAGAGAGCACCUAACCAGGAGGUUUGGAACCACUGAAGACACAUGUUAUUCUGUGUCUUACUGUGUUGUAUUAUUUACUGAAACAAUGUAGGAAUACAGUAUGUUCCUCUUUAACUUGUACUAAAUCUUUUCAACCAACAGAGGUCAGUGGAGGAAAUCUGUAGAAGGGUCAUUACUGACUGUUCUACAUCUCCACUGAAUGAAAUGACUGUACAAUGGUACCUCGGUUUACAAACACAAUUGGUUCCGGAAGUCUGUACUUAACCUGAAGCAAACUUUCCCAUUGAAAGUAAUGGAAAGUGGAUUAAUCCGUUCCAGACGGUCCGUGGAGUACUGAAACUGAAGCGUACUUAACCUGAAGCGAACUUUCCCAUUGAAAGUAAUGGAAAGUGGAUUAAUCUGUUCCAGACGGGUCUGCGGAGUACUCCACCUGAAGCAUACUUAACCCAAGGUAUGAGUGUAAUUGGUUCCAGAAGUCUGUACUUAACCUGAAGCGUACUUAACCUGAAACGAACUUUCCCAUUGAAAGUAAUGGAAAGUGGAUUAAUCCGUUCUAGACGGGUCCGCGGAGUACUUAAACUGAAAAUACUCAAACCGAGGCGUACUUAAACCGAGGUAUGAUUGUAGUCAAAAGCUUUCAUUUCCUUCAAUUUUCUAGUACCCAGUGUUAGAAUUGGCUGUUUGACAAAUCAAAUAUUUAGUUGGAGAAAGCAAUACAAUACAGAAUAAAAAUUGUCUUUGCCUGGUCUAACAACACCAAGAAAAAUGGACACUAUGAUAGAAGUCUAGUGGUUGAGCUAUGGGAUAAGUUUCAUGCUCUGCAAAGUAGUCAUUACCUAUUGCUUGUUAGGUCUGCCUGCCUUUUCCAGUCCUUGAAAAUAGCCUUUCAUUUUUUGUGUGUAUGUGUGUGUGUGUGGGGGGGGGGAACCCCUCCCUAAGCAUCUUCCUGCCACACUGCUGACUGGCAAUAUGAAGGCUCUCAUGGUGCCAGUCUACUACUGUUUGGGCAUGGAAGAGGGAAUGGCUGAAUUUAAUUAAUAUUUCACAACCUGAUUGUAGCACACAGAUCUUAAACUUUGUUUUGCCCUAAGAUUCGGUUUAAACAGUUCCAUAAAUAAUACUUGAUGUUUCAAAGGAAUAUUUCUUGAUAGACAAUACUGCUGCACAUUUCUUUUAGCCUUAAAAAGCCACAAAUAAAGUGAGACACUGCUAGGUCUUUUAUUUAUAAACUUUUCAUCCCCUGCACUAGAUAGAUGUGUUAGCAUUUAAGAUACGAACAGGAAGUACACUUGGUUAAGGGGAAGGGAUUGAGGUUAAACGUGAUAUGUCCAAAUUAACACAUUCUUUUCCGAGCAAAUUUUCUGAGAUGAUGGCUUCUCUGGUGAGUUUAAUCUAUUGCAAUGACUAGACUUUAUCAUUGCUUUCCAACUGUUAAUCUUUUUCUUAUUUUGUAUACUUGGGUUCUGCAAAUGUUCCUUGCUAAUAAAACUAUUGACAAAAAAAUAAAAUAAAAUAAAUGCAAGUUGUGUAGUGUAUAAACCCAACAUGCUGCUCAGAUGUACUGGAUGCUGUGGCGGUCUCUGAGUAGGAAAUCUAUAUCUGGGUACUACAUUAACUCUCCAGUGUAAAUGCAUUACUUGAAAGUAAAUUCCAUGUAGUUUGCUGAACUGAUUUCUUUUGUAAUAUACAGUAUUUGCUUACCGUAGUACUAUAUUUUCCUGCAUAUAAGACUACUUUUUAACCCAGGAAAAUCUUCUCAAAAGUCAGGGGUCGUCUUAUAUGCCAGGUCGUAUUUCUUAUACGGUGAGUAUAUCCCAAACUCUAUAUUUUAACUGGAAAAAUUGGGGGUCGUCUUAUACGCCGGAAUAUACGGUAGUCUAUAUACCGUAGACCACAUUAUACAUAGGAAUCUGAUACACAGAAAUAUAUCCUUCAAGUGUAGCAUAAUAUGUUUCUUCUGCUAAAGUAUUCAUGUUAUAUAACCUAUGCAGUGGAUUCCUGACCAGCGUUCUCGUGACAAAAUAAAUACUGGUGCCAUGUUUCAAAAGCAACUCUUUUCUUCCACAAAGGUCAUCUCUGUGACUCCUUUCAUAAUUUACAAAGGUAAAAUCUACGCAGGAGCAUUCAGCAGUAAGCUUUGACCUUUGGGAUUUCCCUGUGGAAUAUGCAUUGGGGUGCAGCAGCAGAUAUUUUACUGUGUGCAACUAAAGGGUAAAUUCUGUUAAGGCCAACUAACCAAGAAGGGGACAACUGGAGGUGUAAGUUAGCAAUCAGGCAGAGUGGUGGGAUGUUUGCUGAAGUAGCACUGGCUGUAUAGCCCUGGGGGCUUUUUCCCCUCUGUAUGUUUUUCCCCUCUGUAAGCCUGAAGUAAGAGAGAGAGAACCUACCUGCUUGUUUCUCCUCAGAUUAUAUGCUGGUUUUGUUAAGAUAAACUGUAACACAUGAAGCAGACCAAAUAAUUUAUUUUCCCGUGUAGUAUACAUUAUUUCCUUUGAAAUAUUGCUCAGUAUUGUUAAGCAUUUAUAUGACUGGCUUGCUCUGGAAUGAGUUCCAGAUGUUUUGGGAACUACAACUGCCACAACCAGUUAAACCAUUGUUCAGGGAUGAUGAUACUACAGCAGCAUCUGGAGGGCACUGUGUUGGCUACUUCUGAAACAACAAAAAAUCCUUCCAGCUUUGCAGCAAAGUAAACAGCCACAAGCACUUACAAAUCCCCCGCUUCCCUUAUCUAAAGGAGGAAUAUGAGGAAGGGAGUGCUGGUGUUUGCUUGAAAAACAGCCAUAUGGAGGCAGCUGUGUUCAUUCAUGUGCAGCAGCUAACUACAAAGAUCUUCAUGCCACCUGAGGAACAUGUGGCUGUGCGUGAGAUUUCGUGGUGGCAGGUUGUUGCACACAAAAGCUGAAAUGUGGAGCAGCCACCAUAUGGCUGCAUUUGAAGUGUCCCCUGUACAGAUGUUUGUUUGUGGAUUUUUGCUUAUUCUUUAUUUCAGGAAGCAAAAUUAUCUCUCAGGCAAGUUGAUUGAGGCGCAGAGUUCAGUUGCAGACAAGAAAUUAAAUAGGGGUAGACUGGGCAGAUAUUUGUGAUACUUCCCCUGCCCUUUAAAGCAAAACAAAGAAAAGCUGUGUUUACUAUAGUGCCCUGCUUGUUGACAUGUUUCAGUACCAGCUGUCCAGUAGCAUAGCUCAACUGAAGAUUUACUGGCGACCUUAUUACUGCAGUAAAUAAUCUUGCUUUCCAAGGGAACUGGAAAUUAUCUGAGACACGUUGGAGGUCUUUUGAGCAUGCAGUUAGGCUUUGUCCCCACUCUUCGUGUUUCAGGCAUCCAAAUAAUCGGAAUAAAAUCCUGCUUUGAAGGAGGACUCCACUAGACUUAUUUUUGUCACCAAAUUCUUUGUAUAUUACAUUCAUGAAUUAACAUCGCAAAUGAAUUUGGCUCCACACUUAGGAGAAUCUGAAGAAUGUGUGACAGAGGCAAGUAAUCUUCAGGCCAUGUUUGCUAGAUUGAGACAAUUUUGUAGUAAGGUCUGCAGUUUAUUUGUAAAACUCAAACAUAUGUAUGGGCAUUCCUUAGUUAAAGCUGACCAAAACCCAAUCAGUCACCCCCAAAAACCUUAGUGAAGAGAUGCCUUCAGAUGGUGCAGAAAAUCAUACAAUGAUGGAAUUCCAUAGCCAGGUGCCACUACAGAGAAGACCCUACCCUGACUCAAUGAGCCACAUCUUGUGGCAAUAUCUUCAGAAUGGCUUCUUAUAGGGAGAAGUGACCUUUAAAAACAUAGGUCCCACAUCACCUUGAAUGCGUUUCUGGUGGUGACCAGGGCUGCUCUUGGGUACAGAAAAAGUACUGAGUGAACUAAAACUCAUUUAGAAGGAACCCCUAGUUUCCUCAUCUUUGCAAGGUUGAUAUUUUUUUGUUGGCUGCACUGAUCUUACUCAAAUGUCCUAGAAGCUCCAAACCCAAUGUUUGCACUUCUCUUUUGUUCUUGCAAUCUCCACAGGCCUGCAUGGCUUUUAGUGCUGUCUCCUCCCCUUUUCUAAAAGAAGCCCCAUGUUUUAAGAAGUGGCUUUGAUGUGCGGUGUUGUAUUUCAUUGGCUGAGUGCUGUGCCUCUUUACAUCCUCUCCCCCUCCCCCUCCAUUAUUCCUCCUCACAUCCAUUUCCCCCCUGCUUGCCCACUUGGGAAACACCUGCCCUGGCAGAGCAAUGUACUGAAAUGUGUUUACUUUUAAAUUUUUUAUAGUUUCAAUCCAGAAAGUUGGCUGCUUCCCUCUUUCCCCUCCCCUUCCCCUUCCUCCCCCGCCCCUUGCUGCAGCCCCUGGUGCCUACCUGUCCCCUUCAGCUACUUCUUUUGUUUCUGCCCCAGCCACAGCAGAGAGGAUGAGGGGCCUGGCUGAAAUGAAGCUCAUUGUAUAGCAUGGAAUCACAGAAUAGUAGAGUUGGAAGGGACCAUGAGGGUCAUCUAGUCCAACCCCCUGCAAUGCAGGAAGACGUUGCAUUCCCUGAAAGCAGUUGCAGUCCCCAACCUGAUGGUGGGCUCCUAUUUCGUAUUGGGUGCUAAGGAAGCUCCCCCACCUGACUUGAUUUCUUAUUUGCAUAAUAUAUAAAAUUUCAUGAAAAAUAGGAUUUUCAAAGAAACAUUACAUUAAUAUACCACCUUUCAACCAAAGAGCUAAGAAGGCAUACAUGGUUCUCCACAUUUUAUCCUCACAAGAACCUUGUGAGAAGGGUCAGGCUGAGAGAUAGUGAAUGACCCAGUGAACUUCCUCAUGCAGUGGGGCUGGGACCCCAGCCUACCAGGUCUUAGUCCAGCGCCACACAGGCUCCCAUGAAAGGCAGGUGAACAUUUCUUAGGAAAUGAGUGCUAGCCUGGGAACCACAACUGGAGGCAGCCACAACACGCCCGUAUUUCACUCGCAUUUUAGCAACAUUUAGGUAGGAGCUAUAUUGAUGGCAAAACAGCCAGGGGUGAUGAGGGGUGAAAGUAAAAGUAUGCACAAGUCAUUGUGCAGGGAGUGGUUGAGUAUAUAGGAAAAACAAGAAACUAGGCAGAGAAGAAUAAUGGUGGGUGAUCUCCCAUAAAUCCCCAAAUCUCAUCAGUGGAGACAAAAGCAAAGCCCCCCCCCUUUUGUUUCCCUUAGAGGUGGCACAAAAGGGAAGUGGAGUGAACCUCAGGAAAUUAUUAGUUAAGGUCCCACUUUACAAAGAGAUCUUUACUGGCAACAUAGGAAUCGGAAACAUUGCCUGCCCACUGUAGAUCAUUUGGUUUUCAACCAGUGUGCUGUGGCACCCUGGGAUGCCUUGAAUGAUGGUCAGGGGUGCUAUGGGCAACGCCAGACUCUGUCCCUCUUUCCUUCCCUUUCUCCAUCUGAUGCCCUGUGUCUCUGCUUUCCAAAGGCUUGUGCUGCUGUUUGUUGCAGCAGCCCUGGCUACAAGCUCCCCAGGCGAAUGGUGCCUCUGGGGGUUGGCCAGGGGAGAGGAGAGGAGAGGAGGCUGAUGGAACACUCUACAAGGGAGGGUGUUCGAAAAGAGGUGAAGGGGCUGCUGGCUCUGCAGACAAGGGGUGACAUAACUGGGCUUUUGAGGAUUUGAGCACGUUUCCCCACAGGGGAGCCGCAGAAAGAAAGCCAUGGACUCCUAUACCUGGUAUAGGAAUAACAACCAUUGCAUAGCACAGAGGGCCAUCUGGAGGCACUCUUGGUGUCUCUGAACAGAAGAGGUGCUGCUGGUUGUUUCACUGCGUUUAUACGUACUUCAGUUUUAGUGUUUAAAACUGAAUUCCCAGAGCAAUUUGUCUUAAGAAGAAAUGUGUGUAAACACAUUUGAAUCGUAAAAAGAAAUGCUGCUGGCAGGUCAGCACACAGAGCUUCUCUCCCCACCACCCUUUUUUUUAUCUAUGCUAAAACCAGUGACAUUCAGUGAUCGACAAACUGAAGCUUGUAAAUUUUUUAAUAUGGGCUGUAAUAGAGACUUUUGCUCUAGUCACCUGUUGAGAAUGAAAUCGGCUAGUGGGUGAGUCUCAUGUACUGCUGGAUUAGGGUUGCACAACUCUUACAUUCUCAAUGAAUUUGAAAUGCUAUUGACUCUUUUAAGAUUAAAAAGGAAUGGGAGAACCAACACGCACAGCUUCAGUAGCAAAUCCUUUUUUAAAUUUUUUUUAAAAACCCCAACAUAAUGGGCACUUCCUCUUCCUUUCAUGUUCAGAACCCUAUUUCUAGAAGCGAAUCUUUCCACACUGAAUCUCUCCAGGGUCUGUACAAGGGAUGUGCUCUGUUCAAUGCAGCCUCUGUGUUUUACCAGUAGGAAGGAAACCAUUGACAGAAAUGUGGUCUGCUUCACUUUGGCCAUGGAAUGGAUUCUUGACUCAUUUUGCAAUCUCUGAGCCACUAACUUGGGCCAAAAUCACACAUGCAUUUUAAAAGCACUUUAUCGUUGGGUUUCCUUAGGCAAGCUUACUGUCAUUCAUAAAUCAAGCUUUCUCCGUACAUCUCCCCACCUUUGGCUAACUGCAGCUUUAGGCACCUGUUCUUGUUUCUUUUAAGGAAAAUAGUUAGCAGUUCCAAUGACGUAAUUUGGCCCUUACUCACCAUGAGCUGUAGAAGCAGAGGGUAGGUGGUGUGUGAAAAGAGGAAGGGGGAGCAGAGCAUGUAAGGGGAAGAGAGCUCAGGCAGUUGAAGGAGAAGAUGAGCAAACCAUCCUUAUUAGAAGUGAGUUGUGGAUUUUGCAACACUGACGUUGCAUUUAAAAGACAAGGACUGUGGGGGGGGGGAGUAGUCUCAAGAAUGGUAUUGAAAAAUGUAAGGAACUUUAACAACAUUUUUAUUUAUUGAAUUUACAUACAGUAAACAUUUCAAUGCAUUUUGGUGGACAAGUUCUUCAGGUGCACAAUAAUUGUGCAUACUGGAUUAUUCUGGUAAGGUAGCAUCUCUCAAGCACACUAAAGAUUGGCUCCAAUGUUGAUCCUUCUAGUGUUCUGGCUAAAGUCAAAACUAAACAAGAUGGGAGCAGCAGGUACACUUUGUCACUCACGUAUCCAUCCACCCCACAUAUAAAGUGUCAGUAGAGGGGUUCAAUUCUGCCAAACCAAAUACAGCACAGCAACUAUGAAUGGAUUUCUGGCUAUCCAGGAGCCCUUGGGAACAAGCCACCUGGGAAAAUACUUUGGCCCACCUCAUAAGCCAUCUCAGAAGAGGUAUUCAGUUUUCUCUCUCUCUCUCUCUGUGUGUGUGUGUGUGUGUGUGAGAGAGAGAGAGAGAGAGAGAGAGAGAGAAGAUAAGCAUCUUCUGCGGUGUAUGCGGUGUGCAUGUUUCUAAAACAAUUCCCAGUGUGAUCUCCCCAAACUGGAAUGGGACCUUGGGGGUAUGAGUAAGAGAGAGAGAAUUGUAGCUCUUUGGCUCCUCUACAGCCCCCAUCUGGAUCAGGGCCCCACAUCAGUUACAGUAUUUGCAUGGUUGGUGAGAAAGCUCCGCUGCAGAAACAUAGCUGGGGGUAUUUCUAUUAGAUCAGGGUCCUCCUGUAUGAUGGAUGUGUAUGUGUAUUCAGGGCAGUCUUGAGCAGGUCGGCCGCCCUGGCGCUGAGGGGUGGAGAUCGCUCCGGCGCCCCUGCCCUCGAAGGGCGCAGCAUGGUUUCCGCGCCCUGGUGCACCGCGCCACUGGGGGUCUACCUAGAGCCGGCCCUGUGUGUAUUUAAGCGAACUGAUUAGAGUAAAAGGUUAUUAGUCAUUGGGGAGGUGUGCAUGUAUGAACUUAAUUUUAGUUGCAUUGAUUGAUUUGAUUUGAUUUGAUUUGUAUGCUGCCCUUCAUCCGUAGGCCUGAGGGCAGUUCACAACAUAAAAAUACAACAUAAAAACACAAAAUUCAUGAAUAAAAUAAGGGGUAAGGAAAAACCACAAACCAAUAACUCCUCCUCCACUACGUUGAUGUUAAUCAGCCAAAGGCCUGGUUGAAGAGGAAUGUUUUCACCUGGUGCCUGAAGGUGUAGAAUGAAGAGUCUCCUUCUUUGGAGGUCUUUAAGCAGAGGCUUGACAGCCAUAUGUCAGGAAUGCUUUGAUGGUGUUUCCUGCUUGGCAGAGGGUUGGACUGGAUGGCCCUUGUGGUCUCUUCCAACUCUAUGAUUCUAUGAUUCUACGAUGCCAUCUGAAUCUCCCUGGGGAGAGCAUUCCACAAACGAGGAGCCACUGCAGAAAUGGCCUGUUCUCGUGUUGCCAUCCUCUGGGAGGCACAUGAAGAAGAGCCUCAAGGUCUUGGUAGAUUGCAAUUGUUUUACUGAUGAUUUGUUAAUUAUAUUAUAUGAUUUGUGCUGUACUCAUGAUGCACUUAUUAUGUUAUUUGUUUGUAAGUAGCUUUGACAUUCAUUUGUAUGGAAAGUGGCACAGAAAGACAAUACCGGUAAAUCAAAUCAAUAAAUCAAUGUACAGCAACUCAUCAAGGGCUGUGAAGCUUCCUGCUUUUGCUAUCUGCUCAGCUUUGCAAGAUCAUUGGGAGUGUCAAAUACCUAUUGGCAACGUAUGAUAUGUGUCUGUUGGGCCUUUGUGUGGCUUGCUGGAUCAUAAGUUCUGUAGGCUUGACUUACGCAGCACUUCCUCCAGAAUCUCUUUGCAAGACAAGUGUUCCUGAAAUCAUUCUUGGAUUCCCAUAUGAGGGAUGGUUUAGUGUAAUACAGUACAAGAAAGAAACGUGUCAUGGGAAGAACACACUGAUUUCACUGCAGAGUUGCAAGUUUAAGCACAUAAUGUAUUUUAUCCCCCUGUCACUGAAUUGCAAAUAAUGCAUUGCUGAAGGGGAUUGUAAUUAUUUUAUGCUUAAUUUUAAGUGGAACCAUGGUUCAAAUACAAAGGAUGUUCUUUCAGUUGCCAUGGAUAGAACAUAUCGCCUUUAUGAGCUGUCAUUUUUGUCUGCUCUCCAAUAACCACUAUUUCUUAAUCUUUGCAAAUUCACACAUGCUAAAAUCUCAUUUAAGUUCUAAAUUUAUAUGGUGGAAUGUGAGUCUUUGAUCUCCAAAACAUGGAUGCAAAAAGCUUCUUGGGGAGCUUUCCCCAUUUUCCUGCAUUUGAUACCUUCCUGUUUUAAAACGAAACCUAUUCUACAGGUUAGAAGAAGCACAAGUUAGGUGCAAAAGGAUGCCAGCACAGCUGAAUAGCAAAGUCAUAGAUUUUUAAGUGUCAGAAGAUGUCUUCUGAAAGAGCAAUAAAUUCUAUUCCAAAAUAACAGUAUAUAGCAAUGAAGAAAUUGAAGAGCAAUUUAUUUAUUUAUUUUUAUUUGGUAAAAAAUUACAAACUACAAAUAUUUCUAGAAGCAUAUCAGCUAAGAGGCAGAAGGACCAUGACCAUAGAUAACAAUGUCAAAAUGAUAGUGAAGAAAUUUCAGAGAAGGUAAAUGAAUUCUUCACAUCAUUAUUGUGCUCCUUGGAGGAAAUAUGGGAUAAUAAAUCACAUAAAUAAAAAUAAUUUUUCAUUGCCAGAGGUGUUACAGUACAUCUGAGCCAUUGUUCUUUUUGGUUAAUGAGUCUCAAGAAGUAUAUUAUAAGGAGUAUAGUAUGGUAUUCAGCUGGGAGUUCCUAAUGAAUUCAAAUGAGACAUUAUUGAUCUGGAAGACUUUUAAACUGAUCAAAGAAUUGAAGAAAAACUAAGUAGCUGGGGUGUUUUUGCUUUUAAAAAUGUAAUAUUGGGGGGGGGACGCGUUAGAGAUGGGAGAAAGCAGCACAAGCCCUUGGAUUUAUUUUUUCUUUUUCAUUUUAAUGACGAGGGAAUUACGGUAAUAGGGGAACUGUCUUAAGAGCACCAACCAUAAAAGUAGCUUUAAUAGGGAUAGCUAGUAUUUUGAUAGUCUAAUGAGGCUUCUACUUCAGAGAGUGGGAGUAGAAGUAAUUAUUUUAUGAUAAGAUAACACUCCCUGGUUGUAGGAAGUGUAUGAAACAGUUCUAAUGUUAGCAAAUGCCAUGCAUUCAGCAGUUGAGAAACCUUUGUUCCCAGUAAUGUCAACGUGCGGAAUGUUUGAUUAGCUUGUCUGCAUUUCAGCCCAUGUGGCAGGCGCAAGAUAAUGUCAAGUUAUGACUUUUAAAUUCCAAAGUACUUCUAAAUCAGUUUACAUGGCUUAGGGUGCUUUAGUUAAAAAUAUAUGCUUUCUCCCGCCUAUGUUAGCAAAAGCCAUAAGGCUGUCACAAACCCGGCAAGUCAUAGUACUUGACUCAAUGGAUAACAAGUUGUACAAGCCCGGUCGUACUGGAAGAUCAUUCGUUGGGAACUAUUCUUUAUCAUAGCUAGGUAAGGAGGAAUAGGAAAAAAGCCACUUAUUGAACAAUAGGGAUAACAAUUUAUGUGAAAAAAAAGAAAGUAAGUCUUGGAAUUCUGGGUUGCCCAGAGUUGCCUGGCGAGAAUACCUAAGAUGAUCUAGGAAUGAGAUAGGCUUUGUUUCCAAAAGCUAUUUGAAGGGAGUGCAGAAUUCAAAUGCCAGCAAUCAUAUCGCUCAUAGGAAGGAGAUAACGAUGCAACUGAAUACGUCAGAAAUUGGAAAGGGCAUGUGGCUGAAAUCUUGGUAAAAGUCAAUAUUGCUUAAAACGUAUUUGUGUAGGCAAACCUACCCAGACAUGUAAAGGUUGCUUGUGUUUUAUUUCCUUUUUAAUAAUCUUUUGGUUGUUCUUAAAAACCUGUUUCUGUUUUUUUAUUGGUAAUUUUAAUGUUUUGUUUUCUAUUUUUUGUAAACUGCUGCUGUAUAUUUUUGUACAACCAAGCAGUAUGUACAGUAAAGGGUAAAGGGGCCCCUGACCAUCAGGUCCAGUCGUGUCCGACUCUGGGGUUGCGGCACUCAUCUCGCUCUAUAGGCCGAGGGAGCCGGCGUUUGUCCACAGACAGCUUCCGGGUCAUGUGGCCAGCAUGACAAAGCUGCUUCUGGCGAACCAGAGCAGCGCAUGAAAACGCCGAGUAUGUACAGUAAGUUUUGUUAAAUAAAGUAAAUAAAAUAAACAACUUUGCAGGACUGUCCUAAUUCUGUAAGUAUAUUUUACGUGAGUACAAGUAGUGCUGUAACCAAUCAGUAACAAUGUUGGUCUUCAGGUAAUUGUUGUAAGAUAGUGUACAGUUCUUCGAAAAGUUAUGGCGGGAUCUCAUGUUACUACCGGUAACAAUGCAGGGAUGCACUAAAAAUUGCAUCCCAACAUCAAGGCUGUGCACACACCCUUCUGUAACACUGGAGUUUUUCUCAGUCCAGAAUAAUUCAUGCUCAUCUUCAACAUGCUGCUUUCAAUCAAGAUUGAUUCUAGAUCCUGCCAUCCACAAGGCUGAGAGUGGUUAACUGUCUGAUAUACAGUACAUCUGAAAACCCUCCCCUUGAUUAGGUUAUUCAGGCCUUUUCCUCCCUGCUUGUGCCCUAAGUGAAAGGAGGAGGAAGUGCUGACUGUAAUCUUGGUACCUCCCCCCCAAUUGUUGGGACUGUCUACAUCAGUUUCCAUCUGUGUCCAGCAGGAUAAUGCUCAAUCAAUCAAGCAAGCAAGCAAUCAAUCAAUCAAUGCAAUGAUCUUUUAUUUUUGGAAUGAAACCAGUUUAUAAAUAAGCACUUUUCAAGGGCAAUAGUGUGUGAGUGUGUGUAGACUACUAUAGAGAGAGAAAACAAGUACCCAGCCUCCAUUGAUUCCAGAGUAAAAUGUUGUAUGUAUGCAACCUAAGUUGUCCCUCCCCAGAUAGGAAAGCUUACCCUGCAUUGUGCUUUUCCCCACCCACAUUCCCCAUAGCUCUCUGCUGCUGGUGGGGAGGGAAGGAAACCCAUAGUAUGGGAUAAGUGGUUUUACACAUGAGGGUGAAAAUAAUUGGGGUGCUCUUUUCUGGAGCAUCCCCUUGUUGCCUGUAAUAUGGAGCUCCACCUUGAGAAAUGAUACCUAAUUUUCGUUAAAUCAUUGUGAUGCAGUGGUUAGUGUUAGACAAGGAUUGAAGGGUAACACAGGUUCAAAUCUCCGCACAGCCAUGAAGCUGUGACCUUGAGCCAGUCACUAACUCGAAGCCUAGCAGGGUUCUUAUGAGGACAAAGUCUUUGUGUAUUCAGGCAUGGCCAAACUUGGCCCUCCAGAUGUUUUGGGACUACAACUCCUAUCAUCCCUAGCUAUCAGGACCAGUGGUCAGGGAUGAUGGGAAUUGUAGUCCCAAAACAUCUGGAGGGCCAAGUUUGGCCAUGCCUGUAUGUAGAAGAACCAUGUAUUUAGAAAACUGGUUUCAUUCCUCAAGCUCUUUGGAUCAAAGGUGGGAUAUAAAUGUAAUAAAUAACUCCAACAUUUUUGGUAGGAUCUUACAACUUUAUGUGGCUGUAAGCAGCAGCUGCAAGAGAACAUCUUUCCUACCCCAGCAGAACAUCAUAAAAGAAGAAGAAGAAUCAUAAUUAGCCCACAAUUUGAAACAUUUCUCUUUGUGUGUGGGAUGUAUUCUCUCUUUGAUGUUGCUGCAUAGCACUUCUGUUUUCUGAUCAAAAGAAUGUUUAUUACUCCAGCUGAAGUAGCAGAGCACAAGUAAAAUGGGGUGCAGUAAGUAAACACAAUUUUCACCUGUGCAAUAGGGCAGGGGGAGUGGGGAUAAAGCAGCCAAGAGUUUAACCUAACACUGUUUUUUGAUUUCCCUGGAAAAGUGACGCAUGUGCUUAAACCCAGUGAAAUCAAUAGGACCCAGAAGUGCUUAGAUUUGUGCCUAAUACAUUAACAAAAUAAAAAAAUUCCUUCAGUAGCACCUUAAAGACCAACUAAGUUUAUAUUUUGGUAUGAGCUUUCGUGUGCAUGCACACUUCUUCAGGUCUUUAAGGUGCUACUGAAGGAAUUUUUUUAUUUUGCUUCGACUCAGACCAACACGGCUACCUACCUGUAACUAAUACAUUAACAGUUUGUUUUAAAACUUCACAAAACUCUGAACAUUGAUUUUUAGCAUUUUUCUCUCUGCAAACGGCUGUUGCUCUAUUUUAAAUCAUUAUUGCGUGUUUCCUGGCACACAUCACAGGGGGGAACUGUGAUGAAAUUCACUACUUCCUUUUUUGAAAUACUCUGAGCUUCCCAGUACAUUAAGCUCCUUGAAGGAAACGUUUACAACUAAGAAGUGUAGCUGACACCUUGCUUGAUGUAUAUGUUCAUGGGGAUCUGUGGCAGCACAUGUCCAAAGAUCUUCAUAACUCCGCUGUGCACGACAAGCAGCACAACUAGACUGUAUGAGCCGAGCAUUGGCAAUGAGGUGGCUCAGAGAAUAAAUGGAAUCGUACCAGAGAAGCCAUCUUCACAGCCAGCUUCAAUUCCAAAACCACAAGUGCCUCCAAAGCCAUUACAUCUGCAGAAUUCACAGUCAUCCAUUGCCCACCAAACCCCCAGGCAUAAAGCUUUACAUUCUACGAAGCCAAGAAUGGAGGAAGUUACACCUACCUCUUCUUGCGUAUCUAAAGAAAAAACUAGUAAAGUGUCUGAUCUCAUCAGUCAUUUUGAAGGAGGCAGCCCAUCCAUUCCUAGUGAGCUGAAGAAAGAAUCCUCUGUUCUAAAUGUUGCUAAAUCUCAAGGAAAGCAUGGGCCAGCACCAUCACCUCAGCCAAAAUUCCUCACCCAACACCCACUACAGAAGCAGGGAUAUAGUACAGAUCACUCUCAGGAUGUACAGAAUCGCACAGCCAAUGGAGAAGUAGCACAGGACCAGUUGGACUGCAGGGACAGCACAUUGCUGGUUCAUAAUGCGAGUAGGGCCAUUCAAAACACAACAUUUGACAGCAGCUUGGUAAAUGGAGAACGAGAGAACAUUAGUACAGACGCAUUGCAAACUACAGCAGCCUGCAAAGGGCAAACAAUCAAUAGCUGCUGCCAGACUCCAAGUGUGAACACGUUAUUUCCAUCGGGAAAAGAAAGUGUAGAAAUGAUUACCAAUACAAAGAACAAGCAGAUUGAGGAGCACAAUAAGCAAGACUCGCAUGUGGAGACAAAGGAGACAAAUGAACAGAAAUGUUACAAUAUUGCCAAUGAGCUUUUGCACACAGAAAGAGCUUACGUCUGCCGACUUGCUCUCUUGGAUCAGGAGUUUUAUUGUAAAUUGAUGGAUGAAGCUAACAGGGGCUCAUUUCCUGCUGAAGUUGUUAAUAAAAUAUUUUCCAAUAUUUCAUCCAUUAAUCAGUUUCACAGUCAAUUCUUGCUGCCAGAGCUUGAGAAAAGAAUGCAAGAAUGGGACACAAACCCCAGGAUCAGUGACAUCCUACAGAAGCUAGCUCCUUUCCUCAAAAUGUAUGGAGAAUAUGUGAAGAAUUUUGACAAUGCAAUGGAAUUGGUGAAAACGUGGACUGAGCGAUCACCUGUCUUCAAAUGUAUUAUUCAAGAAAUUCAGAAGCAGAAAGUCUGUGGAAAUCUCACCUUGCAGCAUCACAUGCUAGAACCAGUGCAGCGCAUUCCAAGAUAUGAGAUGCUUCUGAAGGACUAUCUAAGAAAAUUGCAUCAAGACUCUCUAGACUGGAAGGAUGCUGAAAAAUCCUUGGAAAUAAUAUCUACAGCAGCAAGUCACUCUAAUAGCGCCAUCCGAAAAAUGGAAAACUUAAAGAAGUUGUUGGAGGUUUAUGAAAUGUUAGGAGAAGAAGAAGAUAUUGUCAAUCCUUCAAAUGAACUCAUAAAAGAAGGACAAAUACUUAAACUUGCUGCUCGUAAUACAUCUGCCCAAGAAAGAUACCUUUUCUUAUUCAACAACAGAUUGCUAUACUGUGUCCCCAAAUUCAGCUUGGUGGGAUCUAAGUUCACAGUUCGGACAAGAGUUGGCAUUGAUGGUAUGAAAAUCGUGGAAACGCACAAUGAAGAAUACCCACACACAUUCCAAGUCUCUGGGAAAGAGCGAACUUUGGAAUUGCAGGCCAGUUCUGAACAAGAUAAAGAAGAAUGGAUAAAGGCUCUCCAGAAUACUAUAGAUGCUUUUCAGCAAAGGAAUGAAACAUUUAGAACUGCUAUUGCAAAAGAAUAUGAGGACACACCUAUUGAAGUUUCUACUGCUGAGCUAGGGAAGAGAGCACCAAGAUGGAUUCGGGACAAUGAAGUGACCAUGUGCAUGAAAUGCAAGGAAUCCUUCAAUGCCCUGACGAGGAGGAGGCAUCAUUGCCGAGCAUGUGGGCAUGUGGUUUGCUGGAAAUGUUCUGAUUACAAAGCUCAUCUUGAGUAUGAUGGUGGUAAGCUGAACAAGGUUUGUAAGGACUGCUACCACAUUAUAACAGGAUGCACAGAUAGCGAAGAAAAGAAGAAGAAAGGAAUCUUGGAGAUUGAAUCAGCAGAAGUAUCCGGUAACAGUGUGAUAUGUAGUUUUCUCCAAUACUUGGAAAAAUCUAGGACUUGGCAGAAGGCUUGGUGUGUGAUUCCUAAGCAGGAAGCCCUUGUAUUAUAUAUGUACGGUGCUCCACAGGAUGUAAAAGCGCUAGCUACCAUCCCUUUGCUGGGCUACACAGUAGAUGACACUCCAAGAAGCGCUGACCUUCCACACAGUUUCAAAUUGACUCAGUCCAAGUCAGUGCACAGUUUUGCUGCGGACAAUGAGGAACUAAAACAGAAGUGGUUGAAGGUCAUCCAUUUGGCCGUCAAAGGUGAAACACCGGAUUGCCCAAAUCAUUUGCGGAUGAGUUUAGAGGACCAGCAUGAAAGCUCUGCAAAACUGGAAGCUGAAACUUGACAUAGCAGGUGGUCUGUAAUGUAUUUCUCUCUCUCUCCACUCAAAACUUUGGUUGACACUAAUUUUGAAAUCAGCAAGAAAGAAGCCAGCCUUCCUGGCUCAACCACAUUUCUUAGCACUUUAUGUUGGAAAAGAAAAACAAUGUUCAUCUUUUUUUUUAGGGAACUUUUUCUUAUAUUUAUGUUGUGUCAAUAAAAUUAAUGUACCCUUCCACAUUUCCUUUUUAUUAAAUGAAUGUCUAUCAAAGAGUGACCAAUAUUACUAUACCACUCUUCUCAAGAAAAUAGCAUCAUACGAAAUGAAUGCUAUUGAGAAAGAAAUAUUGAUGUCAGCACUGGUAUAUCUUGGCUGCAUUCUAGGACUCGUAGCUGUGUCUUAAGAUAUACCUCUUUUGCCAAAAUAGAUGUGUAGUGGAAUGUAAAGACAGUUUGGUUUAUUGUAUCUAAAUUCUAGCACUAUUUACACUGACUUGUACAUAUAGUCUAUCAAUUUGUGUUUGAGAAAAGAACAAUACCCAGAGUAUCUAAAAUUUCUAAAUUAUCUAUUAAAAACCCUCAUUCUUUUUUCCAUUUUAAAAAUUAUUAAACAAGUACAAUAUAUAAGAUUUGCAGGGUAUGCUAUUAGAGAGAAAAAUGUAAUAUACUUAAUUUUGAUUUGACUUCAUGAUACUAGGUUCAUGCUAUUUGCCUAUGAUUUAUAAAGCAUGCAUCCUCCUAAAAAUUUAAGCAGAGGAUUCUAAAUUAAAAACAACUAGUUACUUGUUUAUAUCUGAUGGCAUUGAUAUUUUUAUACAUAAACGUAGAGCUUAAAAAGCAGUAGUAAAUCAAAUGGCAUGUAAUGGAUGUGCAAGUUCUGGCUGUGUUUUGAAAACCAUAAUAAUUCCUCUACUCAGUCCUGUGCCUGUUAACCUUUGGAAGGUGGUGCUACCUUUUUAAAAUUACAGCAAGUGCUUCAGUAAAUAACAGCCUGGUCUUAAAUGAUCACUUGUGAUCAUGUAUUAUGCCUUUAUAGUUGGUCACUAACACUCGGACCUUAAUAUUAUAAUCAGUCAAUCCAGACAUCACAUCAAAUCGUGAUUAAGAAAUAUUAAAUAUACAUAGUUUAGGAGGAUGUCUGAAUUGACAAGCCAUGAUUUGAGACAGCAAAAAAACACCAUUAAGCCAUGCCUUGGGCAAACUGUAGUUGACAAAUCAUAGUUAAAAGUCAGAGGCAACUGCAUUGAGACAGUAGUGCUGAGCAGACAAUAUGAAAGUUUCCCUAACCCAUGGUUUACUGUACAUGCUUUGUGCAAACUGUAGUUGACAAAUCAUAGCUAAAAGUCAGAUGCAACCACAUUGAGAUGGCAGUGCUGAGCAGAAAAUAUGAAAGCCUGCAAGUUUCCCUAAACCAUUGCUUCCUGUACAUUUAGAAACUCAAAUUGUGCUUUGUAUUCUAAAUUAUGGUUGAAACAAAAUAUGAUUUGGCAUAUUUGAAUUUAGCAGUUAUAACUCUCACUAACCGUGCACAUGUUGCAACAGUUAUUACCACUGUAUUAGUCAUACAACUGUAUUGUAUGACUCAUACCCACUUAUACAGUGGGUGGCAGAGCUGCCAUUGCAAUAUGUGACUGCACCCACUGUUUGCAUGGAAUAUUACACACUGUAUAACAUAAUAGACAUGAAAUCUGAUUUUGUAGGGGAUAUGGCUUUAAAAAACACAAACCUGAAUACCUGGACCUUACUUAGUGGAUAAAAGGAUUCUUAGGGAAUUAUAUAUAUUCAUUACGUUUUGCAGUAUUGAGCCAAUAAUGACAGUAACAGUUUUGUUGUAACUUGCUAAUUUUAUCUUGCACCUCCAGAUUGGUCUGUGUUCAGUUACUUAAGUUCAAAUCUACCUGUCAUGGGGGAAGACACCAGUUUUUAAUAUUUCUCUGCUAAAUAGCCACAAUUUGAAGAGACUAAAGGCAUAGUCAGGCAAGGGCUUAACCAUGGGCAGGAGGAGGCAGGAAAAUGCAUACAAGACCUGCACCCACUUGUCCUUGGCUGCGAUGGCUCUUCAGGCAUUCAUGCAUUUAGCAGGAGAAUGCUAAGUACAUUCCAUUGAAAGUGCUUUGAAAUCUCUGUAUGAUAGGUGACCCCAACAAGACAGGCUUCUGAUUGCAGGGAAACUGUCUUCAAGCCUUCAUGUUAAAAAUACGAAGGUCUGAAGAGGUGUUCUAUAUAUCCCAUUUUAAAUACUACUUCCAUGCUUUGCUCACUUUUGCUGAGUAUUAAAUAUGCAAAGCACUCUUUCCAAAAUACCUGUGGAAUUGAAAUAUUAGUGCCCACCCAAUGCCUUCCGAAUGGGCUUGCUUCACUAAUAACUAGAUAAUGGAGCUAACAGAAUGCUCAAGGUGACAGUCAGUUUGCUGUAUACUGCCAGUCUGGGCCAACAAACCAGAUCCUAUUCUAGACUCAUUCAGUAAUAUUCUGGUGAAUGAAAAGACCUGCACUGGUUGUGGUCUUCUUCCUAAUGUUUCUAUGCAGACGAUUUCUGUCUGCAUUUCUGCAUGUAGUACAAAAGUAGACAUGCCUUUGAUGGAAAGAACCUUGUGGUUUUUAGAGAGAAAAGUAAAAUUGGGAAUCCAGAGGAAGCACUGGGCUCUUUAUUAGAGCAAUAGUAAUCUUACUAGAUUAGGGAUGAGCUUUGAUCCAAUCGUAUUCCUCUACCGUAGGCCUGAUAUUCCUUUUGCAGCUCCUGGGUUUUUUUUAGCUGAUGUUGCUGCUGAAGUGUCUUUUAAAAAUAGUUUUUUAAAAAUGCUUAAUGCAAAAGAAAGAAAAGGAAUGAUUUUCCAGUACUUUGCCUUGUCUUCAUUGGAACUUUCCAUAUUGCUCCUGCUGGGAAAUACUUCCCAUCCGCGGAGAUGUGCCAGAUUCCUUUGCCAACUGAUUGGGGAGAUCUCUCCAUUCAUUCACCCUAAUGCAGAACCUCUUGAGCAGCAUCCACCUGCGAUUAGGUAGGAUUAGGUAGGAUUUAAUUUCAGGGACAGUUUUGAGUGGACUCUUCGCUUUUCGUAAAUUCAGAUCUUUCCUCUUCAUUUUAGACUUUGAACAGGCUAUUUCCUUUUCAUCCUUGAGGGCAGGAUUGUUGUUGUUAUUACCACAUAGUAAGUGCUGCUGGGUGUCAUCUGGUAUACAGAAUGUCCAUUGCUUCUUACCAUAAAAAUUGUGUUAAUUACUCACAAUCACGUUGCGCCAACAAGGAAAAAGAAUGCAUCAAGGCAUAAGUUGCCCUAUGUGGCUAUUGCACACGUGUGUAUGCACAACAAAACGUGCAUUUUUUGUUUAUCAUGUGUGACACUCUACAAUCAGGCUGUAUCUUUAUUCCCCAAACCCAUUUGAAACAUUUAAUUGUAGGAAAGGUGUAAUAUGCAAAGCAGGCCUAAAGCAAGCAUGUUGGGUACAAAAUCUUCUAACUCAUUGUAUAUUUCUGAUGUGACUCUCGUCUCAGCGCAGAGUUAAUCGUUGACUGUGAACCUUUUUGCGUACAUGCAGUUAUCCUAAAUGUUUGGGUUUUUCUUAAUGGAAAACCAACUAUUACACUUCUACUACAAUGACAUUAUGGGCAAAUUUUCAGAAAGAGGCCUUAUGUUCCUUCCCUGAUGAAUAGGAGGGGUGUCUAUAUGGUGGUUUUGGUUCUGGGAACCUUGUUUGAAAGCACACUUUUUGUACCAGGGCUAGUAACCAUUUAUAGUUGAUCACAUGUUAUGCUAUAUGGGUUGGAAAGGAAUGGAAAUGGGUUGUAAUUAUCCCUAUAUUGUUUGGGAUGAGGGGGCUGGAGGAUGGAAAACAAGCACACAGGUAAUUUCUGGUUUCCUUCAUCUUUCCCCUCCCAGUUUGCAGACGUGUAGUGCAAACCUUUGGGGGGGGCAUCAAUAAUAAUAAUAAUAAUAAAUAGCCCCUAUCUAGCACUUAGAGAGCACUUCCUAUUAAAUAUCCUAAGCACACUUGCAUAGAAGCAAAGUUCCAUAGAAAGAAAUGAGAUUUACUUCAAUGUUCAAGCACUGGGGUCCUUAAGACUCCUGCGUAAAGCACAGCUAAUGACUACUUUGUAAUAAAGAUGAGGUAAAUAAGAUAUAUAGUCUGAUUUCCUUACCCUAUUCUGGCUCCCAAACCUUUUAAGGUACAUUUUUUAUCUCUGUAGGAUUUCUAGGACAAAGAAGUGGCCCUUUUAAUUUGUUUUCUCCUGAGGCCAUCCCACAUGUGGGUAACAGAAGUUCUGGCUUCAUGGUUAACAUUUUCAAGCUGUAUCUCAUUCUAAGCAGAACUUCUGUGUGUUGUUGGAAAAUACUGGAAUUUGUGUUUAGUCGUCUUAAUUUUCAUGUUGCAUUGGCCUUUUAACUGUUACCCCAUUUCCUUUUUUUAUUUAACUGACUGUCUGACUGGUUCUGUAUGGCGUUAGCAUGCAGCAGGAUGCAAUAACGAAGGAGGGUGUGUGUGUGUGUGUGUGUUUAUGUUUAUGUACACACUUUGCAAGCCAAUUUAAAUAAUUGCUUCAGUAGAGAGAGAGAGAGACAGCUUUUGUAACCGAAUCUGCAUGUCCUUGUGCUUUUACCAAUUACUUCAGAUGUUAGAUGAAGGGAAACCAUAAUGAUCUGUGGUUAAUGACAAUGAGCUGCUUAACAAUGCUGAGGCAGGAAAACUUGCUGCAGGUACAAAUGACAGAGACCAAGCAUGCAUUGCUGAAGCUGGAUCCCUGUUUCCUAAGUAUGCUUAGCAAGGACCUGGUCUCCUUCUGCACUGAUCCAUUGAUGGGGUUUCAUUCUCUUGCUUGACCACUUGAGCAGCACUUAGGGUGCCAGCAAAUCACUCAGCUUAAAAAUGUCUGCCAGUUCAAACCAUGAUGUUACCCUGGUGUUCGGUGGAUCAUCCUCAUGGGGUCGGUGGUGACAAGAAACCCACUCACCCACUGCUGCAUCAGAGAAUAAAUUCCAGGAACUGUGGUGCACGAAAGGACUGGCCACUUAGAAUAUCCACAUUGCCGACAUUAGGCCACCCCAAAACAAUGCUUGUGUGUCAAACGUUGUUUUUAACUGAACAUUUUCUGCAUCAACUUUUUCCCUUCAACUUUGCCAAUAUAAGCAAGGUAAACUUACAGUGUAGAAUACUAUGUGCUAGUGUCUUUGCUGCCUUAUUUAAACGUUCUUGCAAUCUGAUACAAGUUGAUUUUUUUAAAAACAGUAAUUUUGUAAUUGCUCAGUUGAGAAUGAAUUUGAGACUUGUGAAUUUAUUGGUUUAACUUUUUUUUUGCUAGAUUUGAAUCUACAGCUGGCUGUAAUUUGACAUAUUUGGGGUGUGUGGAAUAUUGGCCAUAAUCUUGCCAAAGUUAGUAAACGUAAGUCUCUUUGCUCUCAGUGGGACAGUGAAAUUUGGUUGGGUCACUGAAAAUGGCUUCAGUGAUAGGAAAAACUAUAGUAGUUUGAUAAAGCAUGGGUAUACCAAAUGUAAUUAUCAGUUGUACUUUGACUAAGCGUACUAUUGUUUUUAUUGUUGCUGGAUGUAAAUAUACUUGAAUAAUGAAAGAAGUCUGUAGCGCUGUGCCAUCUUGAUACCUUUAGCUCUAUUGACUUCUUAGUCUUUAACUCUAAAGCAUUUAUCCAUCUUCAGUGGCAUUUUGUAUGUGCAGGUGCAAAUCAAUUGUAGUGGAGUGGCUUUUUCCCCUUUUUUUGCAGUCCAUUUCCCCCGACUAACUCAAGGCUCAUCAUGCUAAGAGUGUCCCAGGGCAAGUAACUGGUGUAUUGGUUCACAACCGUGAACUGCUUUCUUCCCGAAGGCAUAAAAAAGGAACACUUUUUUCUAUUGUAUUUUCCAAAUGGUUAUAGAUCAGUGCACUCGUAAAUCUAGGGCUAUGUAUAAACAUUCAUGAAAAGAGGAGUUAGCAGUUGAGCUGAGUAGAAAUGUUCUGCUGAUUUCAGCAAAUGCCAGAUGUGCACAGUGCUGACUGGCUGGUGCCUGUGACGCCAUCCUCUCCCCAAAAAUAUUUUGUUACAUUUAAAAAUGUAAUUAAGAGAAGAACAUGUCCAAAGGGGUGUGUACAUGGAGCUGCCCUGUUGGUUAAACUGAGAGGGGAAGCUUGCACACAAAGCAGUUUUCUUGCCACAAUGCAAACAUAAGGUAGAAAGCAGCUCUCGUUGCAUAAGUGGGGCUAUCAUGAUUGUCAAAUAAAUCAUUGCCUUAGCCAGGGUUUACAGUAGGAACUGCAGGUACCCGCAGGACAGUGGAUCCUGUCAUUUAAUUUUAGGGUAUGCUGUGGGCAAUAUGUUUGUACAAAUAUUUAGCAUGCACUCGAUUCUGUACAUGAAAAGCAGCAGCAUACAUUUCUGCCACUUGUUUGUGCAGUGUGCAAAAGCAGGUCAGUGAGCCAGGAUCAGUCAGAGCUCCUUGGAGCAAACAUCCUCAAGAGUUCACGCUUUAGCACUUCACAUAUUCUUUCACACCUGAAAAGAGAAGUCUCUUCGGGCUGGGCCUUAGUGGUGUCAUAAAAUGAUGUAACCACCCCUCUGCCACAAUGCUAACGUGAUGGAUAAUACCGGUAGGAUUAAGGUUCUAGAUGGUGUCUAAUGUUUAUGCCACUGAGGAGCACAAACAAAAUCCAUGGUGACAAUUCUCUUGCUUUCAUUCAUGUAAGCCAGUGCUACUCAGUGGCGGUCCAGUUCAUGAGCCAUCGGCUGCUGGUCUGUGGUGACUCCACCACCUCCCAGGAUGGGUGGGAUGCUUCAGUUACCCAAUAUGGUACCAGCUCCUGGCACAUCAGGUGGGAUGGGGUUUGCCAGUCCACCCCAUGAAAUAGUUUGAGAAGCACUGAUGUAAGCAAAAUUAAAUGGGAAAGGAGAUGAUCAGUUUAAGCACAAGUGUCAUGUAAAUUAUAUUUCCAUCCCUAAUAGGUUAGUUAUCCCCUCUUCUCUGGAUUUAAGCACCGUCUUUUAAGAAGAAAUGUGUUUCUUUCUUUCUUGGUAGAAUUUGGCUGGGCAAACUAGAAUGUUCUCAUCCAUGCAAAAUAGCUCUUGAUGACAGUUCAGUCCAUACUCAAAGCUAUCUUCAUCCAGUUUAACAAAAGGUAACCAAUUUUAUAGUAUGCACAUCUUAUUUAUGGGAUGGCUUAGUUUCCACAAUAUUAUACACUCAAAGUACAUUGUAAACAAUUUAAAAUCUAAUUGGGAGGUACCCACUGUGUAAAUGCAUUAAAGAGAAAAAAUUAAAUAAUGUUCCAGUCUGGGAGCUAGUUAUUUGGUAUUUCCCGUUUUCUCAAAGUGAAUGUAGAUUUGAUUUCCCCCAAGAUUUUUCUACUGAAGUAGAUGAGUUGUUUUAUAAGAAAAAACUCCCCUCCCCCCGACAUGUAAUUCCAAUAUUACUCAGUCUGGAGCAACUCCUUGCAAAUGCAUAAUAAUAUUUUUAAUUUAAAAAUUAAAGAAAAGGA